AUGUCGCGCACGAACAACACCAAGUUGCCCGGAACUUGCGCUCCCGGCAAGCGCUCAGUCGCACCGAGCCAGCAUGUCGAAACUGGAUGUGAGUGCAACAACCUCGAGUCCAGCUCGUACCUGAAAAGUGCACAUGUCGCGCGGAGGGAACCGUUUGCCGCGGCCCGCUUCCUGAUCAUCGCCCCGGAGGCCGCUGGGAGUGGCUUACGCACUGCAGAUGAGGUCGCUGUCUGUUUCGAGAUCGGCAUUCGGGGGCCGAGCGCCGUUCAUGGAGAGCAGCCGCGGGACGUGGAUCUCAUGGCCGCGACUGCGGAGGGCGGUCGUGAAGUCGGAGUAGUAUACCCCGCUUCGGUUUCGGAGUUUACCGUUCCCACGCCGACAAAUGCCACCUCCACCGCUCACGCCCUGAAGGUUGGGUACAGGCACAUUGACACCGCGCAAUUCUAUGGAAAUGAGAAGGAGGUCGGCGAUCUCGGCGAUGUGCUCCGCUCGUCGGGCCUGGCCCGCAGCGACGUGUUUAUGACCACCAAGAUCCUCAGCCCCGCCGGGUCCUCCGAAGCUACCUACGAGAAGCUGGUGGCCAGUGUCGAGAAGAUUGGAGGCAAGGAUGGAUACGUGGAUCUGUUCUUGAUUCACAGCUCCAAGUCUGGCUCGGCGGGUCGGAAGGAGCUGUGGCAGGCCUUAUACCGGCUGUUGGAGGAGCAAAUCGGCCUUUCGGCGCAUGUCAUCGAAAGAUGGCACACGAUGCACCAAAAACAUACAACAGAAGGGAUUCGCUGGUGGUCACCCACCCAACUACUAACCUCCCGGCGUGUGGCUUGA